AUGAGGUUCAAACUUACAGAUUCACUGAGCAUUUUGACAGUUCAGCUCAUCUUCAUCACUUCGAGUUUCGCUUUCAGUAGUUCAUCAUCACAAAGACACAUUCCCGAGUCAAACACACCGUCACCGAACAGCAUUUCAGUAUCAUUCUUUGCGACUCUCGAACGUCUGUCGCGACUUGUGGAUAUCGCCUAUUGCAUUGGGACAACCGGUGUCAGAAAACCAUUUGACUGUGUAUCGAGAUGCAACGAUUUCCCCAGUCUGUCUCUCAUCAACACAUGGAACACUGGUCCUUUGCUCAGCGAUAGUUGCGGGUAUAUCGCCGUGGAUCAUGGCGUGAAACAACGAGUGAAUGGCGAUGUCUUGAACGCUGGUGAGCCUGCUAUCGUGGUGGCCUUCCGCGGCACCUACAGUAUUGCCAAUACGGUUGUCGAUCUGAGCACUGUACCUCAGGAGUAUGUACCAUAUCCGUCCCCGGAUCAUGGUGGAGGCGAACCCCCCGAAGAGCCCGAGCAUAAAUGUACGAACUGUACCGUACACAUGGGCUUUCUCCAGUCGUGGAAGAACACUCGACGCCUCGUUCUCCCCCAAUUGAGACAGCUAAGAUUGCAAUACCCUUCCUAUCCGAUUCAACUUGUUGGACACAGCCUAGGGGGCUCUGUUGCCUGCCUCGCAGCACUAGAGCUGAAGGUAUCGCUAGGAUGGGAGGAUGUCAUAGUCACCACCUUCGGAGAGCCUCGCGUUGGAAACGAAGGUCUAGCCCGCUUCGUGGAUGAGGUAUUCCACCUGGAUGGGCAAGAGAAUCUAGAGAAGCGCGAAUACAGGCGGGUGACUCACAAAGAAGAUCCUGUACCUCUACUGCCUCUGGGCGAAUGGGGAUAUAAGUCGCACUCAGGAGAGGUAUACAUUGCCAAACAGGAACUGACGCCUUCCGAGUCUGAUAUCUACAUGUGCAUCGGCGACGAAGACCCGAAGUGCAUAGCAGGGGCAGAUGAUUCGCUAUGGAUGACUAUCCGUCGGCUGUUCCACGCCAAAAGCCUACUGACGACAUCGGAUAAGUUGGCAGAGCUGAAUGGGUUUCCUUCGAGGUUCAAGUUGUGGCAGCUCUUGUUUGCGCAUCGGGAUUAUUUCUGGAGAUUAGGUCUUUGUGUACCCGGAGGAGAUCCUGCAGACUGGGGCAGAGGACGAUACCAAGGCCCAGGCCCAGAGACUGAGGAAUUAUGA